GUAUCAUUUGAGUGUACUUCUCUUCCAAUUAGUUUGUUAAUUUAAAAUUCCUUUACUAUAAAGGAAACACGAAAAUGAAAGACCACCAAGGAUUCCUCGAUGUGCUCAAAUAUCAGUUUCUUUGUUAUCAUCCCUUGCACUGCAUUGAUUGGGAGGCUAUACCACUGGACCUUACCUGGGAGCAGCAACAACAGCUGAUAGAGCAUACAUUUUUGCAUCCUCUUAAUCAAAAAUAUCCAAUUAAAAUCGGCUAUCAACUGAAUUUCCUCAAACAGCUGCUGCAGCAAUUGGAAAAAAGAUAUGACGAAGUGCAUGACAGUGUAUAUGAAAGUUACUGUGCUGUACAGCUACGUGUUGCGCAGGAUGCAACGGAGAAAUAUGCUUACAAGCAUUACUUACAGCCAGCACUGAGCGUCGCUCUCACACUACGUGAAUCCAAAAGCUUUGUGGCGGAGGGGACAACAGGACUAUGCAGUUGGCAAGCUUCGAUUGCAUUAGCUGAUUAUCUAGUGCAAAAUAGCGAUAUAGUGCGCGAAAAAUGCAUUCUUGAAUUGGGCGCCGGCACUGGUUUAUGUGGAAUGAUUUUGGCACAAUGUUGUGAGGUGCGACACUUAUUACUAACCGACGGUAGCCGCGAAUGCGUUGAACUAAUGAAGGAGAACGUGCGCCGAAAUUUCGCAGAAGCUAAAGUAACAAGCAAUGGUAGCUAUGUAAUAAACGAAAAAUUGCUGAAUUUGUGUGAGCUGGAAUGGGGUGGUAUCGAGCAAAUGGAAUGGCCAAGCGCAUUCAAAACGGAUGUAAUAUUAGCAGCAGACGUUGUGUAUGACGACACAGUAUUUGAUUCCUUAACAUAUGCCAUUGACUAUGUGUUUAAGAUGAAGAGAGAUGUGUGCGAGAUGUUGCUUGCUGCAACGGUGAGAAAUGAGCACACGCUGCAAAAGUUUCUCAAUAUGCUAGUUUCAUUGCACUUUCAAUAUGCCGAGAGGGAGGUGAUACCUUUGGAUAGGUGCAAUUUUUACUGGGAUCGCACGACACCUGUCAAAAUAUUCCAUAUAACGCGCAAAAGCUAGCCGCUAUAGAAUAGUCAGUUAGCUUCAUUUCACCCUUCGUUAGGCACCCUGGUCUUGCCAGACUUGUUCGACUUUGGACGUGAAUUUAAAAUAUUUCUAUUAUGGCUGACGACUUGAGCUUCCAGGCAGCUGACUAAAAUUUAAUUUUCUAUCGAUUUACGUAUAUAUAUAUAUAUAUAUAUAAUUGGCGCGUACACCUUUUUGGGUGUUUGGCCGAGCUCCUCCUCCUAUUUGUGGUGUGCGCCGUGAUGUUGUUCCACAAACGGAGGGACCUACAGUUUUAAGCCGACUCCGAGUGGCAGAUAUUUUUAUGAGGAGCUUUUUUCAUGGCAGAAAUACAUUCGGAGGUUUGCCAUUGCCUGCCGAGGGGCGACCGCUAUUAGAAAAAUGUUUUUAUUAAUUUUGGUUUCACCGAGAUUCGAACCUACGUUCUCUCUGAGUUCCGAAUAGUGAUCACGCACCAACCCAUUCGGCUACGGCGGGCGCGAUCGAUUUACGUAUAUAACCUUUUAAAAAGGACCCUCGAACAGGACGAAAAAAGGCCAGACCCGAGUGCCCUACCGAAGUUUUCAAAAAAGGGGUCCAACGGGGAGCUUCAACUAGCAUUUAUUUAUUUAAAAAAUAUGAUUUAUUUCCAUAAUUAAAUAGACUUAACAAAACUAAGUAUAAAUUCAUGUCAAAAUAUAUUUGAACGCUUAUUAUUUACUGAACUCAA